CUUUUUCCAUUUGGGAGGAGAUUGAGGUACACUUCCUGCCAGUGACGAAUUCCUGGGAGUGAGGCGUUGGUCGGGUUUUGCUUCCCUGCGCCGGCACUUCUGCGUCUCAGCUGUUAAAAUCCGCUCUGCUUCUUGUUUUUUUUUGUACAAACCUGUGCAUUUCUGACCUGGUUUUUCCGACAGAGGCGAGGUGAUCUAAACCGUAAGGAGCACUGCAGAAAGAAAGUUUUCUCAACUUGGUUUGUCUAGGAUACUUAAAGUGCGUGGAGGCCACAGAAAUUUUACAAGGGUUUUUAGAGUAUGCCUUGCACUGCAAGGACCAGAUGCCUUCUGAAGCUUGAGCUGGACUGGGUUCUGCAGCUCCCUCACCUACCAAAGCCGAUCGCUCUGUGAAAGCUGGUACUGAAGGCUCGCAGUUAAACAGUCAGCUGCACUCUGUGAUCCUCGGCGCGCUCAAUGCUCGGAUACGAUGGCGGCCCUCAUAUCAGAGAACUUCAAAUUCCUGUCCCUCUUCUUCAAGAGCAAAGAUGUGGUGAUCUUCAACGGUUUGAUCGCUGUGGGCACGGUCGCCAGCCAGACAGCCUACAACAUCUUCGCCUUCAGUUGCCCCUGUUCCCCGGAACGAAACUACCUGUACGGCUUGGCGGCCAUUGGGGUGCCUGCCUUGGCCCUGUUCCUGAUCGGGGUCAUGCUCAACCGGAACACCUGGAGCUUGGUGUCGGAAUGCCGGACUCGGUUCUGCCGCCGCCUCACCGGCCCGGCAGGCUUCGCCCUGCUGGGCUCCAUCGUGGGCCGGGCCGCUGUGGCUCCAGUCACGUGGACUGUGCUCUCGCUGCUCCGUGGCGAGGCCUACGUCUGUGCCCGCAGUGAGUUUGUGGACCCCGCCUCCCUGGAGGGCUUUCCGGAAGGUUACGCACCUCACAUAAUGGCACGUUUCCCCUGCCGGGAUGUACCUGCUGAGGUCUUGCUAUUCUGGGCAGCAAUUGAGCGUCAGUUGAAGUACGAGUCUCAGCUGCUGGGCUGGCUGCUGACCGGCCUGAUCGCUGUCGGCCUUUUCCUCCUGCUCUGCCUGAAGCGAUGCUGUAGCCCCCUGGGAGCCGAGCAGGAGGCUUACUGGAAGAACUUCCGCUACAGCGAGGACCAGAUCUUCGAACGCACCGCCGGCAUCCACGCCAAACUGCUGGCGGUUGAGAGCGUCAAGCAGUUCUUUGGGUUUGUGGCACUGGAGCAGGAGGACAAACAGCAACUGGAGCAGUACCAAGCCCAGAACAACAUCCCCCGAUCCCAGUGGAACAACAUCACAGGGGUCUACCUGUACAAGGAAAAGAACGGGGUUCCCCUCUACAGCCAACUCAACAAAUGGGCUGCUGUCAGCUCAGAUAAUAACGUGGAAGUUACUGAGAUGGAUGCACUCUGCUAAUGGCA